AUGGUUCUCAAGGAGGGCGUCCAAAGCCAGAUGACGCGGACGAGGCAGAGACAGUGUAGCGCGGUGAUCGCCGAGGGCUGUCGAGAGGCCGGCGUCAGCGAUGAACACGCCAUAUCCAUCACGACCCAGUGGAAGAUGGAAAAGCUCAAAGCCUGGCGUUUGGAGCAAAAUCGUACAGGAUUAGUGCUGAAUCCAAGUUUAAAAAGCGUUUUCCAGCGCUUCUUUGGAGGAAUGGCGGGACUGGCGGAAGAACAGCCGUUUCACGUUCUUGAGACUGGCAGCUGGCAGGGAGAGUCAGCAUCAUGGAUCGCAGAGCAUAUUUUGAAACAUCCUGAAUCUAUCCUCGUCUGCCUGGACACAUGGAAUGGGAGUCCACCGCCAGAGAACUCCGGAUACGAGAUGGCUGCUAUAGAGGACCGAUUUCGCUCGAACAUGGCUAGGGUCCCUAAUGGCGAUCGUGUGGUCGCCUUCAAAGGCACCUCUCUUGAGUCUCUGGCAAACAUCCUGGCCAGCGGGCUUGAUUCUCGCUUCGACGCUGUCUUCCUAGAUGGCUCACACGAGAUGAAGAAUGUGUUGAGGGACGCGCUCUUGUCGUUCCGCAUGCUCAAGGUGGGAGGUGUUAUGAUCUUCGACGACUACUGGAUGCGAGGGGUAGCGCAUGCGACAGCAGCGUUCGAGGAAGCACUCGGGGACUACCUCGAAGUUUUGCACAGAGACGAGACCCAUCUGGUGGUGACUAAAGCGGCCAACGAACGCUUUUCGACACACGGCAGCGAAUUGCUGCUAGGCGACAGUUCAAGACUGCAGAAGCUGACCAGCCGGAACCCCACGGCCUAG